AUGCUCUCUUUGCAAGUUCUCCUCCAGGUUGCAAGGGCUUCGAUAUUUGUAUUUCUUUCUCCCUUUGGAUCGUUUGGUCGUAUUAAUUUUUCCCUUCGUUCUUUCCUAUUUCAUUCUUCCUUCCGCUCGUUCGUUUUUCUUUCUUUCUUUCUUUCUUCUUUUCGUUCGUUUUUCUUUUUCUUUCUUUCUUUCUUUUCGUUCGUUCGUUCGUUUUUCUUUCUUUCUUUCUUCUUUUCGUUCGUUUUUCUUUUUCUUUCUUUCUUUCUUUCUUUUCGUUCGUUCGUUCGUUUUCUUUCUUUCUUUCUUUCUUCUUUUCGUUCGUUUUUCUUUUUCUUUCUUUCUUUUCGUUCGUUUUUCUUUCUUUCUUUCUUUCUUUCUUCUUUUCGUUCGUUUUUCUUUUUCUUUCUUUCUUUCUUUCUUUCUUUUUUUUCGUUCGUUUUUUUUCUUUCUUUUUUCGUUCGUUUUUUCGUUCGUUUUCUUUUCUUUCUUUCUUUUCUUUUUUCGUUCGUUCGUUCGUCUUUUUUUUUUUUUUUUUCGUCUUUUCGUCUUUCUUUUCUUUCUUUUCGUUCUUUCUUUUCUUUCUUUUUUCUUUCUUUUGUUUUUUUUUCUUUUUUUUUUUUCUUCUUUUCGUUCGUUUUUUUUUUUUCUUUCUUUCUUUCUUUCUUCUUCGUUCGUUUUUUUUUUCUUUUUUUCUUUCUUUUUUCGUUCGUUUUUUUCUUUUCUUUUUUUCUUUUCUUUCUUUUUCUUUUCUUUCUUUCGUUCGUUUUUCUUUUUUUUCUUUCUUUCUUUUCGUUCGUUCGUUUUUCUUUCUUCCUUUCGUUCGUUCGUUUUCCUUUUUUCUUCAUUUCUUUCGUUCCUUCGUUUUUCUUUCUUUCUUUAUUUUUUCCUUUCGUUCCCUCGUUUUUCUUUCUUUUUCCUUCCUUCUUUUCAUUCGUUCUUUCUUGUUCCUUUCGUUUGUUCGUUUUUCUUUCUUCUUUCCAUUGUUUUUUUUCUUUCCUUCGUUUUUCUUUCUUCUUUCCAUUGUUUUUUUUUCGUUCGUUCGUUUUUUCUUUCCUUCGUUCUCCUUCCUUACUUACUUACUUUCGUUCGUUCGUUUUUCUUUCUUUCUGUCUUCCUUCCUUUCGUUCGUUUGUUUUUUCUUUUUCCUUCCUUUCGUUCGUUCUUUUUCUUUCUUUUUAUCUCCUUCCCUUUCUUUCGAUCGUUUUUCUUUCUUUCCUUUUUUUCUUCGUUCUUCUUCCUUUCUUUCUUUCUUUUCGCUCUUAA